AGUUGUUCUGCUUCCAUGACUGUUCCUUACACCACUCAGUCCCCACUUGGGCAGUAGCCAGCCUUUAUCCAUCCUGAGUAAAAACACAGGGAUGUCUGUUUUGGAUUACUCAGGGUACAGCUCCUGGCCAGCACUUCAGGAGGUGGUUGUCAGCAGAGCUACCCUCCUUUUGUGUAACAUCUCACAUGAACUGUGCCCCAUGACUUAUGGAGGGCUGUGGAGAUGAUGACGGCACUCUGGAGCUCUUCCCUUUUGGGGAAAGGCUGAGGGAGCUGGCUCUGUUCAGCCUGGAGAAGAGACAGGGAUCUCAUCCAUGCCUCACUACCUGAAGGGAGGUGGCAGAUGGACCAGGUGGUGUCCAGCAACAGGACAAGAGGCAACACGCAGAAACACACGGAAUUCCACCUGUAUACGAGGAAGAACUUCUGUAUUGUCCACUGAUCACACACUGGGACACUGCCCACGGAAGGUUUAGAAUCUCCCUCCCUGGAGGUGCCCAAAAUCCGCCUGGACACGCUCCCGAGUGCGUGCUCUGGGGACCUGCUUCAGCACGGCGGUGGCACCGGCCGAGCACCCUUCCGACCUGACUAUCCUGGGAUUCUGUGACACAGACAACAAAAAAGACCCAUUUUUCCCGGACCCAUUCUUCCCCCGCUCCCGCCGGAGAACGGGCGGGCCGCAGCGGAGGAAGCCGCGGGCGGGCGGCAGCGCUCAGUAAAUGGCGGGGGGGCGGAGCGGGGCCGUGAGGGAGGAGCGGGGCCGGGCGGGCGGAAGGCGGCGGAGCGAAGAUGGCAGAGCCGGAGGCGCAGCUGCUGCGGGCCGUGGGGCUGAUCGUGAACAUCUUUCCACCAUAGAAAAAGACAGCAACGGAGACGCUUUGUGGGUUUGGUGUUACCCGUCCGUAACAGCGGAGCUGAGGACUCUGCUGCUGAGAAAGUGCUGCCUUACAGAUGAAAACAAAUUGCUGCACACGUUUGUCUUCGGCCAGUACAAAAGGUCUUGGUUCUACAUCACAACGGUAGAAGUUCAAGAUUCUCCAGCCUUGAAAAAGGUGACCCACUUCUCCAUUGUCCUGACAGCCAAAGACUUCAACCCAGAGAAAUAUGCAGCCUUCACCAGGAUCCUCUGCAGAAUCUACCUGAAGCAUGGAAGUCCAGUUAAAAUGAUGGAGAGUUACAUUGCAGUCCUCACAAAGGGCAUCUGCCAAAGUGAAGAAAAUGGAUCCUUCCUCAGCAAGGACUUUGAUGCUCGGAAGGCUUACCUUGCUGGCUCCAUGAAAGAUAUAGUAUCUCAGUUUGGAAUGGAAACAGUUAUUUUAUAUACUGCACUGAUGUUAAAGAAGAGAAUUGUAGUUUACCAUCCUAGAAUAGAAGCUAUCCAGGAAUUUACCAGGACUUUGCCUGCUUUAGUGUGGCAUCGACAAGACUGGUCAAUUCUUCAUUCAUAUGUGCAUCUAAAUGAGGAGGAACUGGAAGCCUUAAAAGCCUGCACAGGUUACAUUGCUGGAUUUACAGACUCUGAAGUGAGCAGUAGAUCAGACCUCUAUGAUGUCUAUGUGAAUUUGGCAGACAGUGAGAUUACAGUUUCACCUGUAGUAAAAGAGGCAAUGACAAUGGGAAAACUUCACAAAGAAAUUGGACAACUAAUUGUUCAAUCUGCAGAAGAUCCAGAUAAAUCAGACAGCCAAGUCAUUAAGGACAUUUCUCUGAAGACAAAAGAAAUCUUGGCUACUUUAGCCUCACUUACUGAAGUUUCUGAUGGGAGUGAAAAGCCAACCCUUAAUCCUGAGGCCCUGAAACAGAAGCGAUUUCCACCAGCCACAGAAAACUUCCUUUUCCAUUUAGCAGCUGCUGAACAAAUGCUCAAAAUCUGAUUUUGAUGCACUGCAGUGUUAUGAACUAAUUGUGAAAAAGCUGUCUCUGCCAUCCAGAUAGGAAUACCUGGUAUUUUAUAUGAAAAACUAAAGGUAUGAGUCGAUGUCCUAGUUACCAUGAUGUAAUGCAGAAUAAUGGAGCUUGACUGGGAACCUAGGGAGCCAUAUUUGGGAACAUUCCUGGUGUCAUUAUCUCCCCCCAACUCUGUGUACCUAUGGCUCCUGUAUUUCACACCACAAAGUGAGUGGAUUUACAAGUAGCACAUCCAGUGCGUCCAGGCUGUGUGUCCAUCAGUGUAGUGGCUGUUUGUCCUGCACAUUCCAGAGGCUGGACAGCUCUGACCUGUCUGCCUGGGGUCUGGAACAUGGCUGCAGCACAUCUGGGAUGUGCUGAUCUCUGCACAGGGACACCCUGAACUUGCAGCUGCUCUGAGUGCUCCUUCUGGGCUUCCAGGGAUGUCAGCCUGUCAGAUGCUGCUCUUGCUCUGCACUGCCUGAUCCCUGGAAAUCCCAAAUAAAUGGACAAGUUCUCUCUUUCUACUUGAAAGUGUCUAGGUGUGAAUAAAGGAUGUCUGGGAAAAUCU